GUGUAUGCAGUGGUAAAUCGAUCUUCCUGCACACUGAGGUGAAAUUGUCAACUUUUAAUGCUCUAGCUCCCCCUUGAACCGGUUUUAGGUCGCCCAACAGGUUUGUCAGUGUCUAGCUGGUGCACACAAAGAGGAACAAUAUGUCUGCUGCAAGCGCUAAUUCACUCUUUGGGAUGGGAAACCCCUUACUGGACAUUUGUGCUGUUGUGGACAAAGAUUUCUUAGACAAGUACUCUCUGAAACCCAACGAUCAGAUCCUGGCUGAAGCGAAGCACAAAGAACUGUUCGAGGAGCUGGUGAAGAAGUUCAAGGUUGAAUACCACGCUGGAGGAGCCACACAGAACUCCAUAAAGAUCGCUCAGUGGAUGAUCCAAGAACCUCAUAAGGUGGGCACGUUCUUUGGCUGCAUUGGGAAAGACAAGUUUGGAGAGAUCCUGAAGGAGAAGGCUGAGGAGGUGCACGUCGACGCCCACUACUACGAGCAGGACGAGGAGCCCACAGGGACAUGUGCUGCUUGCAUCACCGGAGAUAACAGGUCUUUGGUGGCUAACCUAGCUGCUGCUAACUGUUAUAAGAAGGAUAAACAUCUAGACCUCGAGGAGAACUGGAAGCUGGUGGAAAAAGCUAAAGUCUACUACAUUGCUGGUUUCUUCCUGACUGUCUCCUUGGAGUCCAUCCUGAAAGUAGCGAAGCAUGCUUCGGAAAAUAACAAGCUCUUUUGCAUGAACCUCUCUGCGCCCUUCAUCUGCCAGUUCUUUAAGGAUAACCUCAUGCAGGUUAUGCCCUACGUCGAUGUGCUGUUUGGCAAUGAGACAGAGGCAACUGCUUUUGCUAAAGAGCAAGACUUUGAUACAAAGGACAUUAAGGAAAUUGCCAGGAAAGCCCAGGCUCUACCCAAAGACAACAAAAAGAGACAGAGGGUUGUAGUUAUUACUCAGGGGAAGGAUGAAACGGUUAUGGCUCUAAGUGACAAGAUUGAGACCUUCCCUGUAGUAAAAACUGACCCCAAAUACAUUGUUGACACAAACGGUGCAGGCGAUGCCUUCGUAGGAGGUUUCCUGUCUGAGCUUGUCCAGGAGAAACCUCUGGAUCAGUGUGUGAAGGCCGCACACUACGCUGCCAAUGUCAUCAUCCAGCGAGCAGGAUGCAGCUUCCCAGAAAAACCCGACUUCAAGUGAGGAUUCGUCAGGAAAGCCUUUCCUUCAGCCUGAAACCUCAUACCCACUCUGCCUCCACAACCCCGACAUAUAAGUUCCACUAUUUUCUACAAGUGCAACCCUCAACUUUGUUUUACUUCGUUUUUCUUUUCGUUUUAAUCUAUCUGCACAUCAUUUCUUAUCAGUUCCUAGUUCAUAUGCCCGUUUAUUCGUUUAAAUAAAUUACCUUAAAGGAAUCAUGGUAACACCAGGAAAUGUGGUAAUUGUCCUUUACAAAAAGGGCUCUAAAUGUAAAAUACUCCUUUCACGGACAUUUGAUUUCUACAGUUUUGAACUGUACUUCAGCUCUGACACUUCUUGCAUGUGGAUGCACUGACACCAAUCAGACUCGUGGAAAAACCAUGUCAAUAUCCUGUGAGUCUGUUUUAUGUUUUUUUUGUGUGUUAUUUCGUCCCCUUGGAGACAAGAGUCCAAGCACAAACGGCUAUAGCAACAGGAGGAUGCAUUUACACAUACACAGGAAUAAAUAAUAAAACACUGAUCAGGAGGUUUUGAAUGCUGCUCAGAAAUGCGCUGCAUUGAUUUAUUUGAAUAAGUUACGAUUUAGCUGGCCAGUUGUGAAUCAAAUGGCAUUUUAAGUGUACAUUUUUUUAAUGUAUCAAAGCCUCUGCCUAUUAAGUGUGAAAGCUGCAAAAUGUUGACUGUCAGUGAUAUUCAGACUUUACCGGCAUCAAGUAAUGAGUGCCUUUCUUUCUUUCUAGCAGUUUGCAGACUUGAUGGGCAGAGGCCUGGGGAUGUUAUAUGAGCCUGCAUUUGUCUGUGCAGGGAAACUUGAAAGCUCAUGAGAGUAUUGAUAUUGACAUGACCUCCCUUCUAUAUAUAAUGCAUUGCUGGGAAUGGAUCAUUAUAUUUGGGGGUUGUCUGCCAUAGGAAUACAGUGGGCAUUAAAGCAGACCUUUUCUCUCAGUUGAUUUUUUUCAAAUAAAUUAACGUUCUUCUGCAAUAUCAUGGCAAACUCUCGGGGCAAUUCUGUUAAAUUAUUUUAAAAAAAAAUUAACUAUUUUGUUCAUUUUUUAUCAAAUCAGUUUUCUUGAGUAAUAAAUAAAGAUUCAUAAGAAAUUGGGUGAAAAUCCCUAUACGGGGCCAAGUGUUAUAAACCGUCUGUAUUAAUGUCUGUGCUGUGAUUCAUACACUGGUGAGAUAAACGUGGAAUACUUGAAUAUAACUUUAUUCAAAGUUUAUGUAAAAGGUAGGAAAUAUGUGUAGGAUUAAAUACUGUAAGAGGUGUUGUCAAAUCUAUCUGGUUGGACUGAAUCAUGUGUCAGUGUCCCUAAAUUUCGUGGCUUCCUUCAUAUGUUCAUAUACACCAAAAAAGCCUUAUAACCUGUUUGAGAAUUGUUGACAGUAGGAACAGUUUGCCCAUCAUUGUGGUAAACUUUGAAAUUGAAAAAUAAAACGGAUUUUAUCAUA